ACCAUUGCUCAGGCCAGUCAUAAAUGCAAAUAAAGUCUGGCAUCGAGCACUUAUAUAACUCUGUAGCCGGGGCUGGUACAGAGAUUGCCUCGUGCAACUGAUCAGAUCAACAAUCAUCAUGGCUGCCGUCACCACCCAAUCCCUCUACAACUCCCUCGGCCUGACGCAUAACGUCAGCAAGACAUCCUCGGGCUCAGAGGUCCAUAGCUAUACUUCUGAUUUAGGUCCUGAGACUCCUAUAUUGACAUUGAUCCAUGGAUAUCCUCAGUCGGCAUAUGAAUGGCGGAAAGUCGUACCGGCUCUCAAGGGCAAGAUCUCGCUCUUCGUUCCUGAGCUCCCCGGCUACGGCAUCUCAACACCCAUAAAAGACAAGGACGCAAACACCAAACGCGCCGUGGGAACAGCACUCAUUGAGUCGCUCGCAUCGGUCUUCAAUACCUCCCAGACACCCCGGAGAGUGAUUCUAGGCGGCCACGACCGCGGCGCGCGCAUCUGCCACCGUCUUGCCGUCGACUUCUCAUACCCACCGGCCGCAUCAUCAUCAACGUCGCCGUACUCUGAGCUCAACCUGACGGUCAUUGGCACCAUCCUUCUCGACAUCGUGCCCACGCUCGCUCAGUGGACGGCGUUUGCCGACCCGGCAAUCAGCCAGGGCUAUUUCCACUGGCCCCUGCUGGCCAACGCCGACAUGGCGGUCGACAUCAUCUCCGCGUACGGCGGCGCACGGUGGUGUCGAGAGGCACAUUUGCGUAUCGGCGGCCCCAACCCCGAGUCGGCCGCGAGGAUCUCCUCGGACGGCGCGUUGGACGUGUACGCCGAGUCGUUCGACAAGAAGGAAACCCUGUACUACUCGGCUCUCGACUACGCUGCGGGGGCGGCGCCCGAGGCGAACGAGCAGAAAAAGGACCAAGAGCAAGGAAGGAAGGUGAAGGUGCCGAUUCUGGUCAUGUUCUCAAAGGCCAAGCUGGGGGCACGGAUUGACGUCGCGGGCGUGUGGAAGGAUUGGGUCUCCGAGGGCGUUGACUACCAAGGAGUCGGGGUGGGUGAAGGUUAUGGACACUAUCUGCCUGAAGAGGCUUAUGAUAUUGUCGGUCCCAAGAUUGAGGAGUUUGUCCAGAAGGUGGCAUGA